CGAUCUGCAUUGCAUUAUGCGCAUGCGUAUUGACCAUGAGAGACAGGGGGCAUCACCCUAAAAAUAAUAUGCCCCUACCUGCCAGAUGAUUGGUGCAACGCUUAUAUCGACGUGGGCAACAGUGGGAAGAAGCUCUUCACAACCAUACUCGCAUGGGCACACGUUCAGGUUCUGGGGUCAUCAACAACGGAACCAUAGAGACGCUCUCUCCACCAACCCAUUAGGAUACACAAGUGUACGCAAAUCGGAGUCAUGUGCACGCGCCACUAGGCGCCUUUGGGCCAAGAGAAACUACGACUGCCUCUCCGUGGAAAGCUUCAGGGUUACAUUUACCGGAGUUCGCGGCAAGGUUCCUAGCUGUUCCGGCCUUGGCCAGUAUGUGCGCGGUAGCCAGGCCGGGUAGAGAUAUGCCAGCCUCACAUCAAACAUACCGUGGGCUUGGCAUCUUUACCCAAUGCCUGAAUGGCGGCAUUUCUCGUGUGCUUGUCGCAAGCUCGUGAUCCCACAUACGUUUCCUGUUGAGCCACCAUCACCGUAC